UGCACUUUCCUGUUCUCGGCUGCACUUUCCUCACGCUGUCAGAUCGUGAGGAAAGUACUGCCGAGAACCGGCAGUUGUCAGAGCGAGGAUCGGCACCGAUCGUCAGGGCACUGAUGAUCAGUGCCCUGAUGAUCGGUGCCCAGCAGUGCCACCCACAAGUUCCGCCCACCUGUGCCCAGCAAUCACCCACCUGUGCCCAGCAAUGCACCCACCUGUGCCACUCUGCAGUGUCACACACCUGUGCCCAGAAGUGCCACCUACCUGUGCCCAGCAGUGCCACCCACCUGUGCCCACCACCCACCACCUGUGCCCCCACCAGUGCUGCCCACCAGUGCCGCCCACCAGUGCUGCCAGUCAGUGCCACCAGUCAGUGCCCAGCGGUUGUGCCAGUCAGUGCCCAGCAGUGAUGCCAGUCAGUGCCGUUUAUCAGUACCCAUCAUCAGUGUCACCUAUCAGUGCCGCCUAUCAGUGCUGCAU